AUGGACACGAAUUUAAUAACAAAUGUGAGUUUUCUUCUCAUUUUUAACAUGAGCAAUGCCAAAAAUUUCAGCAAUUUCUAAAAUCCGUCGCAAUUUUCAACUACACACAUCAGGAUUGUCAGAUGGCUCAGCAGGCGACCACAAAUGCUUUUAUGCAGGUAGAUUUUAGGAUUGCUCAUGUUAAGAGCUUUAUUUUGAGCCUAAAUACGGUAUUGCUCAGGUUAAGAGCUUUAAUUUGAGCCUAAAUACGAUAUUGCUCAGGUUAGGAGCUUUAAUUUGAGCCCAAAUACGGUAUUGCUCAUGUUAAGAGCCUUAAUUUAAGCCUAAAUAAGCCUAGGCUUGUGAGGUCUCAAAUUAAAGCUCCUAACAUGAGCAAUAUCAUAUUUAGGCUCAAAUUGAAGCUCUUAACCUGAGCAAUAUCAUAUUUAGGCUCAAAUUGAAGCUCCAAUGAUACAUCGAAUUUUUCUAGACCCAGAUUUUGCUCUGAAAAUCAUGAAAUUAUUGAUUUUCCGCAUUUUGAUGAUUUUCAGCUCGAAAUUUGAGGCGGAAAUUUUUUUUUCUGAAAAAUUUUGAAUUUUUUGAAAUUUAGGCUCAAAUUAAAGCUCUUAACAUGAGCAAUACCGUAUUUGGGCUCAAAUUGAAGCCCUUAACAUGAGCAAUACUGAAUUUAAGUGGAUUUUUGGGAUUGCUCAUGUUAAGAGCUUUAGUUUGAUACCUCAUAAGCUUAUUUGGGCUCAAAUUGAAGCUCUUAACAUGAGCAAUAUCAAAUUUAAGCUCAAAUUAAAGCUCUUAACCUGAGCAACCCCAUAUUUGGUCUCAAAAUGCUCCCCUUAACCUGAGCAAUCCUAAAAUCUAGUCUAGAACUGAGCCUAACCUUGUUGGAUCUCAAAUUGAAGCCCUUAACAUGAGCAAUACUGAAUUUAAGUGGAUUUUUAGGAUUGCUCAUGUUAAGAGCUCUAGUUUGAUACCUCGUAAGGUUAUGGGUCUCAAAAUGAAGCUCUUAACCUGAGCAAUCCAAAAAUCUAGGGAUAACAUGAGCAAUAUUAAAUUUAAGCUCAAAUUAAAGCUCUUAACAUGAGCAAUAUCAUGUUUGGUCUCAAAAUGCUCCCCUUAACCUGAGCAAUGCCAUAUUUAAGCUCAAAUUAAAGCUCUUAACCUGAGCAACCCCAUAUUUGGUCUCAAAAUGCUCCCCUUAACCUGAGCAACCCCAUAUUUGGUCUCAAAAUGCUCCCCUUAACCUGAGCAAUCCUAAAAUCUAGUCUAGAACUGAGCCUAACCUUGUUGGAUCUCAAAUUGAAGCCCUUAACAUGAGCAAUAUCAAAUUUAGGCUCAAAUUGAAGCUCUUAACAUGAGCAAUAUCAUGUUUGGUCUCAAAAUGCUCCGCUUAACCUGAGCAAUCCCCCAAAACCUUCCAGACAAUCCGCCUGCUCCACAUUUUCUUCUGCACAUUGGGCACCAUCUCCACCUCCCUCUUCAUCUAUGUCCUUCUCAGCUCCACCUCCAAACAUCUCCACCCGAAUCUCCGCGUUUCUCUGGCGUCUCUCGCCUUCGCCGCAUGUCUCGCCUGCCUUCAGCUCAACUUCAUGGCCUUCCAUCAAAUCUGGACGCAUUUCCGCGCCGAAACGCCGUGCGAUCUACUUUUUGACGCGCGGAAAUGUGCCGCGUUCCGCUUUCCGGUUGUGCUAUCGAUUUACGCGACGCUAUGCGCAAUUAUUGUAUUGGCCAUUGAGCGCAGCUAUGCCACGUGGCAAUACCGUACCUAUGAAGCGGAAAAAUCGCGAUUUUUGGGCCGAGUACUUGUGGUGAUACAAUGGAUCGUGUGUUUUGGAUUGGCGACGAUUUCGGUGAUUUUGAGAAGCGAUCACGGAUUUGUGCACUAUUGUACGGCCUAUGUUUCGCACCCCAGAACUGCUGUAAGUGAUUUUUGGGCCUGGAAUUUGGACUGGGCCGGAAAUUUGGGCUCGAAAAGACACCCCAUAAGCCUAUUUUUGCUCCUGGGGCUCAAAAUCCUCCAAAUUUUCAAAUAUUGCUCAUGUUUGGGCUUAAAAUGCUCCAAAUUCCACAGGGAACCUGAAAUUUCAGAAAAAACAUCUGAAAAUUUGAAUUCAGGCUGAAAUUUGGGUUAGAAAGAUAUCUCAUAAGCCUAAAUUUUGAAAAAUUGAAUUUUUGCUCAAGAAACUCAAAGUUUUCUGAAAUUGCUCAUGUUAGAGCUCAAAAUGCUCCAAAUUUCAAGGAGAAUCUGAAAAUUUCAGAAAAAAUAUCUGAAAAUUUGAAUUCGGGCUGAAAUUUGGGUUUGAAAGAUAUCUCAUAAGCCUAUAAACUUUUUGGAAGAAAAUUGCUCAUGUUAGAGCUCAAAAUGCUCCAAAUGUUCUGAAAUUUGGGCUCAAAAUGCUCCAAAUUCCACGGUGAAUCUGAAAAUUCCAGAAAAUUUGAAUUCAGCCUGAAAUUUGGGUUAGAUAAAGACCCCAUAAGCCUAUUUUUGCUCCUGAGCAAGUUUGGGCUCAAAAUGCUCCAAAUUUCAAGGAGAAUCUGAAAAUUUCAGAAAAAAUAUCUGAAAAUUUGAAUUCGGGCUGAAAUUUGGGUUUGAAAGAUAUCUCAUAAGCCUAUAAACUUUUUGGAAGAAAAUUGCUCAUGUUAGAGCUCAAAAUGCUCCAAAUGUUCUGAAAUUUGGGCUCAAAAUGCUCCAAAUUCCACGGUGAAUCUGAAAAUUCCAGAAAAUUUGAAUUCAGCCUGAAAUUUGGGUUAGAUAAAGACCCCAUAAGCCUAUUUUUGCUCCUGAGCAAGUUUGGGCUCAAAAUGCUCCAAAUUUCAAGGAGAAUCUGAAAAUUUCAGAAAAAAUAUCUGAAAAUUUGAAUUCGGGCUGAAAUUUGGGUUUGAAAGAUAUCUCAUAAGCCUAUAAACUUUUUGGAAGAAAAUUGCUCAUGUUAGAGCUCAAAAUGCUCCAAAUGUUCUGAAAUUUGGGCUCAAAAUGCUCCAAAUUCCACGGUGAAUCUGAAAAUUCCAGAAAAUUUGAAUUCAGCCUGAAAUUUGGGUUAGAUAAAGACCCCAUAAGCCUAUUUUUGCUCCUGAGCAAGUUUGGGCUCAAAAUGCUCCAAAUUCUAUAGCAUUGCUCAUUUUAAAGCUCAAAGUGCUUAAAAUUAUCGUUUUUGGGCUCAAAAUGCUCGUUUUCCUCAAAAAAUGAUCAAAUUCGGGCUCAAAAUGCUCCAAAUUCCCAAACAUUGCUCAUAUUAUAUAUCAAAAUGCUCCAAAUUUGCAGGUCUUUUCACUCUGCUUCAUGUCAUCUCUCGAAUUGCUCACCCUAAUCUACUUCAUCCUUCUUCUUCAAUCGAAUCAACGUCGUCAAGUCAACGAAUUUGUCAAUAAAGCGAUGCAUUCUUUGUCGGAACGAUAUCAAUUACAGGAAAAUGUUCGAGUUAUGCGAAUUCUUAUUCCCUCCAUUACUUUGCACGCCAUUUUGGGACUUUUAGGUAAGGCGGUUUUUCGGAUUGCUCAUGUUAAGAGCUUUAAUUUGAGCCUAAAUUUGAUAUUGCUCAUGUUAAGAGCUUUAAUUUGAGCCUAAAUAAGCCUAAGCCUAAGCCUAGGCUUAUUUGGGCUUAAAUUGAUGCUCCUAACAUGAGCAAUAUCAUAUUUAGGCUUAAAAUGACCCUCCUAACCUGAGCAAUCCUAAAUCUAGGCUUGUUAUGGCUCAAAUUGAAGCUCUUAACAUGAGCAAUCCCAAAAAUUCUUCAGGCUUGGGAUCCAUGUUGAUUUUCGCAAUUUUCUACCGUAAUUCCUCGAAUUCCACGUGGAUUAUCGAUUUUGCGCCGUUCAGCGAAGUGGUUUUGCUGAUUUUGCCAAUUUAUGCGGUGAUUUUUCCGAUUGUCGCGAUUUUUAUGAGCAAGCAAUUGAGGAUUAGCACCAGGUAUUGAUUUUCAGAAAUUUUUAGCAUUUUCUUGAUUUUCAGCCCAAAAUUUGGGUCUAGAAAUUUUUUUCUAUGAAAAAUUUUGAAUUUUUGAUUUUUCCGGGCUCGCGGAGCAUCAAAACUCGAGUUUCAAAGGCUGGGACUAGAAAUUUCGAAUUUUUCAUGAAAUUUGGAGUUUUUAGACACCCAUGUUCAUAUGGUUAUGAGAAAUUUUGAUUUUUGUGCUCCGCGAGCCCUGAAAAUGCUCCAAAAUCGAAAUUUCAUCAAAAUAUGGCUUGUGGGGUGUCUAACUUCUGGAAAUUUUAUGGAAAAGCUGAAAAUUUGUGUUGGAGCUCUUGAAAUCCUAGUUUUGUGCUCCGCGAGCCCCGAAAUUGCUCCAAAUUCAAAAAAUUUCAUGAAAAUAUGGCUUGUGGGGUGUCAAAAUUCUGGAAAUUUCAUGAAAAAUCCGAAAAAAUUCAAAUUUUUUUCCAGAAGAACCUUGCCAUUUUUCUUCGCUGCUCAAGAAGACGAAAAAAGUGAAACAUUAUUAGAACCACCUCCGGUAAGUUUUUGGCGCCAAAAAAAAAAUUUCAAAUUUUUUAAAGGCACAUACAGUAAUCGCUAGCCGUCCAAGUCGACAAAUGGAAAAAGAAUCGGAUACACAUUUUGAUCUACUCAAUGAAAUGUGGAAAAAAUGA